UCUUAAUGGGAUGUCAUAAAAAUAUCUAUCUCCUGUGACCCAAGAAAAAACCCAGAAUUUUUUGGAUUAACCGUUUAGAUAAGGUACUAAGAAAAUAUAACAUCAUUGCAAGAUCCCAAACCCCUCACUCACUUCACUUCUUCAAUGGCUGCGCCACUCUCUUCAAUCACUGAUAUCCUCUUCACAGACACCAAGAGAACAAGAUUCACCACCAACACAAAUACCAAUACCGCCACCACCAACCCUAACCCUAACCCUCUGAAGCCAAAAACACGUAGAAAAAAUUUCCCCAUUCACUGCACCACUUCAAAAUCCAACCCGGAAGCUCCUUCCACAACCACCAAGAAGAACCCUUCUUUGUCUGAACAACUCACUCCUCUCGCCAACAAAACCUUAUCAACCUCCAUUGGAAUCCAACCCAAUGUUCUUUCGAAGCCAAAGUCAACGUGGGUCAACCCCACAAAACCCAAACGCUCCGUGCUCUCGCACCAGAGGCAGAAGCGUGCCCCUUACUCCUACACUCCUCAGCUCAGAGAUUUUCAACUCUUUGCGCAAAAGAUCAAUGAAUGUGGGAAUUCUGAUGAUGAGUUCUCUGAUAUGGUGAAGGAAAUCCCGCACACACUUACUAGAGAAAACGCGCUUUUGGUGCUUAAUAGCUUGAAGCCAUGGCCGAAGACCCACAUGUUCUUGCAUUGGAUGCGGACCCAGAAUUUGAUUCCCAUGGAAACAAUCUUCUACAAUGUCACAAUGAAGUCGUUGAGGUUUGGGAGGCAGUUUCAGCUGAUUGAAGAACUUGCACACCAGAUGUUUCAUGAUGGUAUUGAGUUAGAUAACAUUACUUACUCUACAAUCAUUUCAUGUGCAAAGAAGUGCAAUCUUUUUGAUAAGGCCGUGUACUGGUUUGAGAGAAUGUACAAGACCGGUUUGAUGCCAGAUGAGGUAACUUACUCUGCUAUAUUGGAUGUUUAUGCUAAGUUAGGGAAGGUGCAAGAGGUGAUAAACUUGUAUGAGAGAGGGAGAGCAACUGGGUGGAAGCCGGACCCAAUAACAUUCUCUGUUUUGGGGAAGAUGUUUGGUGAGGCCGGGGACUAUGAUGGCAUUAGGUAUGUUUUGCAAGAGAUGAAGUCUAUUGGGGUUCAGCCAAAUCUGGUUGUGUACAACACCUUGUUGGAGGCAAUGGGGAAGGCCGGGAAGCCGGGUUUUGCUAGGAGCCUUUUUGAGGAAAUGAUUGAGUCGGGGGUAGAACCGAACGAGAAGACGCUAACUGCUGUUAUUAAGAUAUAUGGUAAGGCUAGGUGGUCUAGAGAUGCUUUGGAGUUGUGGGAGAGAAUGAAGGAAAAUGGCUGGCCUAUGGAUUUCAUUCUGUAUAAUACGCUGUUGAACAUGUGCGCGGAUGUUGGGUUGGUGGAGGAGGCUGAGACUCUCUUCGAGGACAUGAAACAGUCCGAGCAUACUAAACCUGAUAGCUAUAGUUACACAGCAAUGCUCAACAUAUAUGGGAGUGAGGGAGAUGUCGAUAGCGCAAUGGAGUUGUUUGAAGAGAUGUCAAGGUUGGGGAUCCAACUCAACGUGAUGGGGUGUACCUGCUUGAUUCAGUGCUUAGGGAAGGCUAUGGAGUUUGAUGAUCUGGUCAGAGUUUUUGAUGUUGCUAUUGAGAGGGGAGUUAAGCCUGAUGAUAGGCUAUGCGGUUCCUUGCUAUCUGUUUUGUCUCUGUCUCAGGGUAGCAAGGACGACGAGGAAAAGGUCCUUUCUUGUUUGCGUAAAGCUAACCCGAAAUUGGUUGCCUUUAUUCAGUUGAUUGUAGAUGAAGAAACUAGAUUCGAGGCUGUCAAGGAAGAGUUCAAGGUGAUAAUGAGCAAUGCUUCGGUUGAAGUUCGAAGACCCUUCUGUAACUGCUUGAUUGACAUAUGUAGAAACAAAGAUCUACAAGAGAGAGCACAUGAGCUACUCUACCUGGGAACCUUGUUUGGAUUAUACCCUGGUUUACACAACAAAACCAAUAGCGAAUGGUGUUUAGAUGUUCGAUCAUUGUCAGUUGGCGCAGCUCUAACUGCACUCGAAGAGUGGAUGUGGACACUCACCAAAAUCGUUCAGCGGGAGGAGGCACUUCCAGAGUUUUUCCUAGCACAAACUGGUACCGGUGUUCAUAAGUUCGCGCAAGGACUGAACAUUUCUUUUGCGUCUCAUUUGAAGAAACUAGCUGCUCCAUUUAAUCCAAGUGAGGAAAAAGCUGGUUGUUUCGUUGCAACUAGAGAGGAUUUGAUCUAUUGGGUUAGGUCAAAGUUUUCAUCAGCAGCUGUUGCAACAUAGACUGUGGAGAGGAUCAAGUGGCAUUCAACUUUCUCUAUCGCUGAUACAUAACAAUGAUACUUUGCAAGUAUACUUUUAUUACUUGAAAUGUGGAGAGUGAAGUUGGAGGGGAUGGCAUGUAACUCCUCUCUGUUUAUUUAAUGAUAAAAACCCUUAAAUGUAGUCUUCUUUUUUCUUUUUUCCCCU